AUGGCCGAACAAAGCGCCGUACAAAGUUCUCACGUGGAAAGUGGAGAUGCCCUGAAGAGCAACCAAAACCUCGUUCAGCUCUCUCAGAUCGACUACAAGACGGCGAUUCAGCUGCUGAACCAGCUGCAGACGAACGCGGAGAACAUCGCCCAGGCGAUUGAGAAGGAGAGGAGCAGCAAUGUGGUGCGCUCGCUGGAGAAGACGCGCUACUUUCUCUCGCUGCUGGACAUUACGCCGGAGCGGCUGAACCGCCUGCGGGUGAUCCACGUCGCCGGCACCAAGGGCAAGGGCAGCACCUGCGCCUUUGUGGAGAGCAUCCUGCGCGGCCAGGGCCUGCGCACCGGCUUCUACUCCUCGCCGCACCUGGUCGCCGCCCGGGAGCGCAUUCGCCUGAACGGCGAGCCGCUCAGUGAGGCGGCCUUCACCGAGGCCUUUGCCGCCGUCUACGGGGCGAUCAGGGGCGGCAAGUCGGCGGACACCUCCAUGCCCGCUUACUUUCUCUUCAUGACGCUGAUGGCCUUCCACGUCUUUCUCCGCGAGGCCGUCGACGUGGCCAUCCUCGAGGUGGGCAUCGGCGGCGAGUACGACUGCACCAAUGUGGUGCCCCGGCCGGUGGUGACUGGGGUCACCAGCCUCGACCUCGACCACACGAAGCUGCUGGGGGAGACGAUCGAGGCGAUCGCCUGGCAGAAGGCGGGCAUCUUCAAGGAGGGCGUGCCCGCGUACACCGUCCAGGGACAGGCGGAGGGGGCGAUGGCCGUGCUGGCGGAGAGGGCCAAAGAGCGCCGCUGUCCGCUGCUCGUUGCGCCUCGAUGGGAUCAGUAUCCAGUUGAAACUGAUGGUGCUGAAGGAGGCUUCAGUUUGGGUGAAGUUCAGAAGAUCAACGCCUCUCUGGCUGUACAGCUCGCCAACUGUUGGCUGGUGAGCUGUGGUAAGCUGAAGAAUGGAAGUGGCGUUGAUGAAUUGAAGACAGCUGCUGCCGCUGGACCUGCUGUCAUCACGGAGAUUGAGCCCUCCUUUCGGCAGGCACUGGCCACCACCAAGUGGUUCGGCCGCUGUGAGGUGAUUGAGCCACCGGAGGGGGACGGAGCAGCCCUUCCCAUCACUUACUUUCUCGACGCGGCCCACACGCCCGACUCGAUGCAGAACUGCCGAGACUGGUUCGAGUUGGAGAGUGGCGGACGGCAGAGAAGACAGGAAAAGUCUACCACCGCCGACAACAAAGCCGCCGACGACGACGCACUGAAGCCGUACCGCAUUUUGAUCUUCAACUGCACCGGCGACCGCAAUCCGCAUCCACUGCUGAGCAAGCUCAAUGAGCUUCCCCUCGACAUGGCGCUCUUCACCACCAACAGCGUCCACGGCGACAAGGCGGCCAGCUCGGAUGUGGCCAACUUUACGGUCACCUCGGAACGGGAGCGGGAGAUUACCGCGGCAAACUGCCGCGCAAUGGCCGCCAUCACCGCCGGACAGCAAGGCAACCGCCGUCUCAAGUUGGCCACGGUGGACUGCAUUAGCGAAGCGAUCGCCGCCGUGCAGGCAGAGGCCGCCGAGGUGCAGAGUGUACAGGGUGGACGUCGUCCCGUACAUGUGCUCAUCACCGGCAGUGUCCACUUGGUCGGUGGCUUUAUUGGAUUGCUGCAUCCUCUAUUCCGAGCCGUCGAUGAGAGCAGUGCAAAAUCGACCAGACUGUGA